UCCCUAUCUCACUCUGCUCAAUACCACCACCCUCUUCUCUCUCUCUCUCUGGCUUCUGCUUCCAACCUUCUGAAUCAAUCAGCCUCGCUGUUUUCGGACAGUCCAGUUCAUGCGGUAUUUUCCAAUGCAUCUAACACCUUGAAAUCCCUCUGCAACGACUUCUAAAGAACCCGUCUUUCUCCCCCUCUCUCUGUCCUUCUGAACAUAAAACAUUAAGAUGAAGAAAACCUAUCUUGGAUACGAGCUCUUGGCCUUUUUUCUUGCUGGGUUCUCUUCCAUCUUCCUCUGUGCAAACUCUCAAUCAAGCCCAACUGAUGACGCUUCCGUGAUGUUGGCUCUCAGGAAGAGCCUCAACUCUCCUGAAUCUCUCGGAUGGUCCGACGGCAAGGACCCCUGCCAGUGGAACCACGUGGUCUGCUCGGAGGAUAAACGGGUCACCCGGAUCCAAAUCGGCCAUCAAGACCUCCAAGGUACACUCCCUUCAACCCUCCAAAACCUAGCCCAACUUGAGCGCUUAGAGCUUCAAUACAACAACAUCUCUGGCCCUCUUCCUAGCUUAAGCGGGCUGAGCUCAUUGAAAGUUCUCAUGCUUAGUUACAACCGGUUUAGUUCCAUUCCUAGCGAUUUCUUCGUUGGCAUGUCUUCUCUCGUAUCUCUUGAGAUAGAUAAUAACCCAUUUUCGGGUUGGGAAAUCCCGGAAAGUCUCCGAAACGCUUCGACGCUUCAGAACUUCUCGGCUAAUUCGGCCAACAUUACCGGCACAAUACCGGAAUUUCUAGGCGCUGAUGUGUUCCCGGGCCUGACUAAUUUGCACUUGUCUUUCAAUAACCUUGAAGGCGGCUUGCCUUGGAGCUUUGCUCACUCGCAAAUUGAGUCCUUGUGGCUUAAUGGGCAGGUAAGUGAGGCUAAGCUAAACGGCAACAUUGAUGUUAUGCAGAAUAUGACUUCCUUGAAAGACGUUUGGUUGCAUUCGAAUUCUUUUUCCGGUUCGCUACCAGAUCUUUCAGGCUUGACAGAGUUGCAGAGCUUGAGUUUGAGGGAUAACAUGUUUACAGGCCCUGUGCCGAUAUCAUUAGUGAAUCUUAAAUCGUUAAAGGUUGUUAAUUUGACUAACAAUUUUCUUCAAGGACCAAUGCCAAAGUUCUCCAGUGAGGUGGCAGUUGACAUGGCUAAGGACUCUAAUAGGUUUUGUUUGCCCAGUCCCGGUGAGUGUGAUUCUAGAGUGAAUACAUUACUUGCAAUUGUGAAAUUAAUGGGUUACCCGCAAAGGUUUGCAGAUAAUUGGGUGGGGAACGAUCCGUGCGCGGAUUGGAUUGGGAUCACCUGUAGCAAUGGGAAUAUAACUGUUGUAAAUUUUCAGAAGAUGGGUCUUACGGGUUUGAUAUCUCCGGAGUUUUCUUCACUUAAAUCAUUACGAAGAUUAGUUCUUGCCGAUAACAAUCUCACUGGUUCAAUUCCAGAUGAGCUCACUACACUCCCUGCACUUGUAGAGCUAGAUGUUUCAAACAAUCAACUUCAUGGGAAAAUCCCUGCUUUUAAGAGCAAUGUAAUGGUGAAUACUAAUGGCAACCUGGAUAUAGGAAAGGAUAAUGGUAGUUCUCCAUCUCAAGGUCCACCUUCACAGAAUCCCACAAUUCCAUCUACAAGUGCUGGUUCUGAACAUAGUGGCAAGAAAUCAUCAACUUUAAUCGGGGUAAUUGUAGUUGGAGGUGUCUUUAUGAUUUUCUUGAUUGGUUUAUUGCUUUUUUGCCUAUAUAAGAGGAAGCAAAAGAAUUUUAGCAGAGUACAGAGCCCAAAUGCGAUGGUGAUUCAUCCUCGCCAUUCUGGAUCUGAUAAUGAGAGUGUGAAGAUCACCGUUGCUGGCUCAAGUGUUAGUGUUGGUGCAAUCAGUGAGACCCAAGCUCUUCCUAGUAGUGAGCCUGGUGACAUACAAAUGGUUGAAGCAGGAAAUAUGGUGAUAUCUAUACAAGUCCUCAGGAAUGUGACUAACAACUUCAGUGAAGAGAACAUAUUGGGACGAGGAGGUUUUGGGACAGUAUACAAAGGUGAAUUGCAUGAUGGUACAAAAAUUGCCGUAAAGAGAAUGGAGUCCGGAAUAAUAGCUGGGAAGGGAUUGGCAGAAUUUAAGUCUGAAAUUGCUGUUUUGACUAAGGUCAGGCACCGGCAUCUUGUUGCCCUUCUUGGGUACUGUUUGGAUGGGAAUGAGAGGCUUCUUGUGUAUGAAUACAUGCCUCAAGGGACACUCAGUAGGCAUCUCUUCAACUGGGCAGAAGAAGGAUUAAAACCACUGGGAUGGACCAAAAGGUUGACCAUCGCCUUAGAUGUGGCUAGGGGUGUUGAGUAUCUCCAUGGUUUGGCCCAUCAAAGCUUUAUACAUAGGGACUUAAAGCCUUCCAACAUUCUUCUUGGAGAUGAUAUGAGGGCUAAGGUGGCAGAUUUUGGCCUUGUUCGUCUUGCUCCAGAGGGGAAAGGUUCGAUCGAAACAAGAGUUGCUGGAACUUUUGGAUAUUUGGCGCCAGAAUAUGCAGUUACCGGACGAGUGACAACCAAAGUGGAUGUUUUUAGCUUUGGAGUGAUUUUGAUGGAGCUAAUCACGGGGAGGAAAGCACUUGAUGAGACCCAGCCUGAGGAGAGCAUGCACCUUGUAACAUGGUUCAAAAGAAUGCGCAUCAACAAGGACUUGUUCCGCAAGGCAAUUGACCCUACAAUCGACCUCAAUGAGGAAACGUUAGCCAGUAUCAGUACUGUUGCUGAGUUGGCCGGGCAUUGUUGUACUAGGGAACCUUAUCAAAGACCCGACAUGGGUCAUGCUGUCAAUGUGCUUUCUUCUCUGGUGGAGCUUUGGAAACCAAGUGAGCAAAAUUCAGAAGACAUAUAUGGAAUUGACCUUGAAAUGUCGUUGCCUCAAGCACUUGAGAAAUGGCAGGCUUAUGAAGGUAGAAGCAACAUGGAGUCUUCUUCAUCUUCGCUCCUUCCAAGCCUAGACAACACUCAGACCAGCAUACCAACACGCCCCUAUGGAUUUGCUGAGUCUUUCACAUCUGCAGAUGGGAGAUGAGAAGUGGUUGUAAAUGAUGUUGAUGGUGGUUUUUGUAUGUUCAUUCUAUCAGCUAGCUUCUUCCUGGCCGUUUUAUGUGUAAACUUCUGUUGACCCAUUUGAUGUUUUGUCUCAUCUCACUGUGUGAUAAUUUUCUUUGGAAAUCUAGUUUGGGUGUUCACCACUUGUUUAGAAUUUUUGGAAAUGAAUGAAGUGACUCUCGAAAGCAAGUUGCAA